GCACGCUUUAAAUGGCACUUGCUGUCAUCCGAGCUCGCAGCCGAGUGGGCUGGAGAGGGCUAUAUAAGCCGGAGCUGGGCCGCGCCGCCGCGGGCAGACGGCGACAGCACCAUUGGCGGCCACUGCGGAGCAGCGUCCCCAGCCUGCGUCCCUCCGACGGGCCGCCUGCCCGCUUGCCAGCCCGCCCCGGGAGCGUCGGCUCGGGCCCGCGAGGGCCCCCGCCACUCGCAGCAGAUUUGGAUCCUCCACCCGGAGAGCCCCAGGCUGCCGCCUCCAGGGGGACCCCGGCUGGGCCGCCGUCCCCGGAGGGCCCUGGGCACCCACCCUCCGGCCCGGCGGACAGCACCAUGGCGGCCGCCAAGCCCGGCGAGCUCCUGGGCAUCUGCUCCAGUUACCAGGCGGUGAUGCCGCCCUUCGUGUGCCUGGCGGAGGAGUUCCCGCAGCCCGGCAGGCCCGCGCGACUGUCCAAGGGCAGGGGCCGGCUGCGGCGGCCCCGCCAGUCCCGCUUCAAGACGCAGCCCGUGACCUUCGACGAGAUCCAGGAGGUGGAGGAGGAGGGGGUGUCCCCCAUGGAGGAGGAGAAGGCCAAGAAGUCCUUCCUACAGAGCCUGGAGUGCCUGCGCCGCAGCACGCAGAGCUUGUCGCUGCAGAGGGAGCAGCUCAGCGGCUGCAAGCUGCGGAAUAGCCUGGACUCGAGCGACUCCGACUCGGCCCUGUGAGGGGCUCCGCCGCCGGGCACUGCGCGCCGGGCACUGCGCACCGCGCACCGACGGGACUCGCUCCCGAGGCGGCUGUGGGACCGCGGGUCGCUGCCGCUCGCGCCUUCGGACUCCCGCCCCGCCCGGCACCCGUGGGUGCACCAUUUGCUGCGCUCUUCUUGGCCCCAAGUACCUUUGCGGAUGCAAGGGAUGGGUCCGCUUUCCUCGCCCUUGUAAAUGCUUGUUUUUAACUCUUCCCAGUACGAACUCUGCUGCGAGUGCCUGCGGCCGGCGGCCCGAGACGGAGCCGGUCGGGUGGGGCAGGGUCUUUGCUCCACGCGCUUUCCUGAUGGUCUGUACACCGUCCCACGGUGGCACCAGAGCACACCUCCGCACUCACCAAGACGCUCUCGCUCAACACUUUGAUAAUUGUUUAACGGGCCGAGGGGUCUUGAGGCACAGCGCCCGUGGCUGAUGCUGCGGCCGAGGAUUGAUAUUUAUUUUUGCAUUGAAAUAGCUGAAGGCAUUUAUUUAACGAUCUUUUUACCUGGAUUUGUCUGUGAGGCUCCCGAAUGGAGAGAAAUAAAGUCAAUAUAUUUGCACAGUG